GCCCCGCUGGGCGGUAACUACAGCCAGUGCCGGUCACCAGUCACCUGUUCGCGAUCCCAGCGCAGCCAAUGCGCAGUCAGGUUGCGGCCCUGGUGCACUGUGGUGUCGCCUCUUCCCAGAGUCCUGGCCUCCUUAGGGCGUGGGAGGCGGUCUUCUCGGCACUGGCAGUCUCGCAGGGCUGCGGGGAGGUGGCGGACUGGCCUUUGUGGUGGCCUCAGCUGGGUCAACACAGAGCGUAGCCACUUGUAUGGCCAGUGGCGCCAGGACGACCUGAGUCACCAGAAGAGAGCCAGGACGCUCAGUGCAGCUGCUGGCCUGCUGGGUCUUACCGCUUGGCCCUUAGGCUCUCACCACCCCACCUCACCCAGACCCUAGGCUGUGUGGUACUCAGCUGGUUGCCCAUGGCACCCCUCGCAGUGGGACCUACCCAGGAUUACAUUGAGGGGAAUGGGAUUGUAGGGUCCCCAAAUCUUUCCCAGUUGAUGAUGUGAGGGAAGGUGAGAUUUUUUUCUCCUCCUGGAUACGGGGUCUGCUGGGCUGUAAGAACAUGACCCACUUACCUGAAAUGGUUUUCUCUGCUUCUGGCUAGGCCAUCAUGUGGUCCCUGACCAGGCAGGGGAUGACAGAGCCACUGCCGUGAUGAGCAGACCAAACCCCGAGUGAGGGACCACAGUGUGUUUCCCACCAGUUAGAACCUCCUCUGUGCUGGUGGUUUCCAGUCCUUGCUGAGUAUAAGACUGUUCUGGUAUGUUAGCCAACAUUGCUGUCUUGUCCCUAAUCACCUUGUCUCAUUAUCCCUCGUCCUUGUGCAGGUGAAGAAGUAGAGACAAGUGGAAGAGUUUCUUCCUCAGGCCACAAAACAGUUGCGGAGGCUGGAGGUCAGAGAUCAAGGUGUCGGCCAAGUUUGCCUCUACUGAGGACUGAGAGAGAAUCUGCCCAUCUCUGUCCCCAACCUUCUGAUGGUUUGCAGGCAAGCUUUGGCAUCCCUUGGCUUAUAGAUCUUGAUCUUCAUCUUCACAAGGCCACGUGAAGCCCACGGAUCUCUGGGGAGAUGAAGUUCUGCUGCCUCUCCUUCCGGCAGCCUUAUGCAGGUUUUGUCUUAAAUGGGGUCAAGACUCUGGAGACUCGUUGGCGUCCCGUGCUGAGCAGCCACCGGCACUGUACCCUCGCAAUCCACAUUGCUCACAGGGACUGGGAAGAUGCUGUCUGGAGGCAGAUGCUGCUGGAGAGGCUGGGAUGGAACCCCACGCAGAUUCAGGCCUUGCUUCGGGAAGGGGAGAAGUAUGGCCGUGGAGUGAUCGCUGGGCUCGUUGACAUUGGGGAAACUUUUCAGUGCCCAGAAAACUUAGCUCCUGAUGAGGUCGUGGAACUGGAAAAUCAGGCUGUGUUGACCAAUCUGAAGCAGAAGUACCUGACUACACUUUCAAACCCCAGGUGGUUACUGGAGCCCAUACCCAGGAAAGGGGGAAAGGAUAUCUUCCAAGUAGACAUCCCAGAGCAUGUGAUCCCCUUGGGGCAGGAGGACUCCUCACAGGAAGGUUACCGACAAACCAGCUGAAUCAUGACCAUCAACUGGCCAUAAUGCCCCAGACGUAGAAAUCAGGUUCAAUCUGAAUUGGCACCACUGUGCAGAGCACUACCCACCAUCUGCUGUUCGUGUAAACAGAUUUCUGGGCUCAGAUGUAGGGGGCUUUCAUCCUGAGAUGCCAUUCUGGGCUGAUUGACAGUCUCAAGGACUUUGACCUUUAGGGAAAAGGGAAAGCUGCUGCCGCGGUCCAGCCGCAGCGGGAGUCAGGGUUGCUGAAGGUGGGCAAGGCGUC